GAGAAAUGUGUUGACCGUCCUCUGUUGGAUUUUAUGAUAUGUAAUCCGCACAUUAAGACCUGAUAACACACUUUUUAUUAGUAGCCCGCCGAAGACGCUGCUCUCCGGGAUACAAACCGCUCGCAGCGAUGUCGGUGAACCGGUGCGUGUAUUUGUUUUCUCGGCUUCAGCGCCACAUUAACGCCCGGACAAGUCGCAUCACGUCGGGCAGCUGUCAUGUGGCUUCUGGGUCUAGUUUGUUGCAUAAACAACAGGCGGACUCUGUGGUCCACAGCAGAAAUGUUUCGUCUAAAAGCUCGCCUCCUAAACCUCCGGACACCUCGCUGUUCGUCCCCGUCUCCCUGAAGAAUGAUAACGAGGCACAUGGGACUGUGGGGGCCGAGCUGACCCAGCCGCUGGAUAAACAUGAAAUGCUGAAAAUUCUGAACCGGUUUUACAAAAGGAAGGAGAUGCAGAAGCUGGCAGCAGACCAUGGCCUGGACGCUCGACUGUUCCACCAGGCCUUCAUCAGCUUCAGGAAGUACGUCCUGGAGAUGACCUCACUCCCUGCUGAUCUGCACAUCAUCCUCAGUGACAUCUGCUGCGGAGCAGGUCAUAUCGAUGACAUCUUCCCAUACUUCAUGCGCCAUGCUAAGCAAAUCUUUCCCAUGCUGGACUGUUUGGAUGACCUUAGAAAGAUCUCAGACCUCAGAGUUCCUGCCAACUGGUAUCCUGAGGCUCGGACCAUCCAGAGGAAAGUGAUUUUCCACGCUGGACCCACUAACAGUGGGAAAACCUACCACGCUAUCCAACGCUACCUGGCUGCCAAGUCAGGAGUCUACUGCGGCCCUCUGAAACUGCUGGCACACGAGAUCUUUGAGAAGAGCAACGAUGCUAAUGUACCGUGUGACUUGGUUACUGGGGAGGAGAGGACCUUGGUAGACUCGGAGGGUCGAGCCGCUGGUCAUGUAGCCUGUACCAUCGAAAUGUGCAGCGUCAACACACCUUAUGAAGUGGCUGUAAUAGAUGAAAUUCAAAUGAUCAAAGAUCCUUCCAGAGGCUGGGCGUGGACCAGAGCACUGCUGGGUCUUUGUGCAGAGGAGAUCCAUGUGUGUGGGGAGUCUGCAGCCAUAGACUUUAUCAGAGAGCUGAUGUACACCACUGGAGAGGAGGUGGAGGUCCACACCUACCAGCGCUUGACUCCAUUCUCCAUCUUGGAUCAUGCUGUAGAGUCAUUAGACAACCUGAAGCCAGGAGACUGUAUUGUUUGCUUCAGUAAAAAUGACAUCUACUCAAUCAGCAGACAGAUUGAGGUCAGAGGACUGGAAUGUGCUGUGAUUUAUGGGAGCUUACCUCCAGGCACCAAACUGUCUCAGGCCAAGAAGUUCAACGACCCCGAUGAUCCCUGCAAGAUUCUGGUUGCUACAGACGCUAUUGGCAUGGGUCUUAACCUGAGUAUAAAACGGAUCAUCUUCAACAGUCUAGUAAAGCCCAACCUUAAUGAGAAAGGGGAGAAACAGAUGGAGACCAUCAGCACGUCACAAGCUCUGCAGAUUGCUGGUCGUGCAGGGAGGUUUUCUUCCAAGUUUAAAGAGGGAGAAGUUACGACCCUGCACAGAGAUGAUCUGCCUGUCCUGAAGUCGAUCCUGAGCCAAACUGUGGAACCCAUAGAGAUGGCUGGUCUUCAUCCGACUGCAGAGCAGAUAGAGAUGUUUGCCUACCAUCUGCCUGAUGCUACAUUGUCCAACCUUGUUGACAUAUUUGUCAGCCUCUCUCAAGUGGAUGGUCUGUAUUUUGUCUGCAACAUUGACGACUUCAAGUUUCUGGCUGAUAUGAUUCAGCAUAUACCACUGAACCUGAGGUCCCGCUACGUUUUCUGUACGGCUCCCAUCAACAAAAAGCAGCCUUUCGUAUGCACCUCGUUCUUAAAGUUUGCCCGUCAGUUCAGUCGAGACGAACCCCUGACAUUCGGCUGGAUCUGUCGCCACAUCAGCUGGCCUCUGGCUCCUCCCAAAAACAUCAAAGACCUGGUUCACCUGGAAGCCGUCCACGAUGUGUUGGAUCUGUACCUCUGGUUGAGCUACCGGUUCAUGGACAUGUUCCCUGACACGGCCUCUGUUCGGGAAAUCCAGCAGGAACUUGAUGACGCCAUCCAACAGGGCGUCCGAAAUAUCACCCGUCUCAUCAGAGCCAGCGACCCAAACAUCACUGACCCGCUACAGACAGAGAGCAGAGGUCAAAGAGGACAAAAAGGUUCAGGAGGUGUGAUAGGCAGCUCCCUGGCUAGUCGUCUGGUGAGGGACGGCCUGUUGACUCCUGAUUUGCUCAAGCAGCUGCAGAAGGAGUGGUCCAAAGAUCGACAGCCGGAACCCAAUGGAGAAAAUCAAUUUGAUAACAACAAAGGGAAAAGAAAAAAGAAGAAAUGAAGAGACAAACAGUUGCGUGUGGGUCAUUGUCCAAGAUUAGAUCUGUUCUGAUGGGGAUCAGUAACUGAUACAGACCAUAGAUAACGUCUGAUGGUUUGUUUGAAAUGAAUCCGGAUAUGAAACAGUUGAAGACGGUGUGCGCAGUUGUUCCAGCAAUGAAAGCAUCACAGUAAAGAGUCAUCCCCAGCUUUAAAAAUAACAACACCAACAUGACAGAUUGGACACAGUAGCAGAGUCUGGUCGCAUGGGUCUGAACUGAGCUUUAUGUCAGAAUACUAGGUCCUUUAAUUCCUUCUCAUCAUUCAACUGUUUAACUUUGUUCGUUUUCCUUCGACACACAAAUGGACAAACGAGCUACAGCUGGGAAAUGUUUCAAAUUCAAGUAACUGUGAACUACUGGAUCAGGUAUCUGGUGAGAGAUUCUCCCUGUUCUUUCAGUGUGAAUAUACUAAUGCUGCUUGGAAGUUUGUUUUAAAACAGUCAAAUUAGCUGCCAACACACUUAGCCGAGCCCUUGGCUCAGCAGAAAUGGACCCAUUGUGACGGGUCUUUGUGGGGUCGGAGUCUGAGAUAUCACAAACUGACAAGCAACCGGACAAUAUUACACAUCCACACAGUAUCAUAAAUACUGUUUUAGUAGCAUUGUUGAGAGCAGAAAACAUUCUAAAAGGCAGGUCUGUUGUUAUCUUUGCUUUUGUUUUCUUCAUUUCAGAGUGGGAUCAAAAUCAUAGUUUCUAUUAACUUUUCAUCACAGAGCAGAAGAGAACCGAUUGAACUGAGCGACGCCAUGUUUGAGUGAUGAAAUGCCCUAUUUUUGUCUUGUUUGUACAUUUAAGUGAAUGACAUUUGUCAAUAAAAUGCAGUUUUAUCUAUCUUGAUUUCAUGUGUAUAGUGUAAUAUGCAGCUCACACUAAUUGGUAAUGAAAUGAUGCAAACAAAUAUAAAA